AGGUGAUUUUACUGAUAUACAGUCAAAUCUGGCAGCAGUAAAUAUCAAUAAAAAUAUCAAUAGUACGGUAUUGACCUAAAUGUCGACGCAUAAUUGGACCCACGAGGCCAAAAUCAUAGAGUAAUCAUUCAUGAUUUGUCAAAAUCGAAUAACAUAAUCAUCUCAAUUAUUAAACAAUCCGGCAAGAAUUGGUCAGUAUCAGCUUCCGUUUCUGAACAUACAGUCAUAUCUGAUCUGACAGAGGACUCAAGAUGAAUUGCGCAGGACUUUGUUUGCUUCUCCUUUGUGUGGCUGGAAGCCAAGCAAGGCCAGAACGCCGAGGUGCCUGCAUCAGUAAAUACAGACCUUGUAAUGCGGAGGUUGACGAGUGCUGCGAGGCUACCUUUGAUUGCAGGGUCCCACAAGGAACGGGGAUAACUAACACCAUCUGUGUGCCAGAGGUCGUCCAAACCCAAAUAGUUUGUUCCGAGCAGGGAGACUUCUGCCAGUUCGACAGCGAGUGCUGUAAUUCUGAACUUGUUUGCGCUGUACCAGACUCGGACGACGGUACCGCGUUGAAGGUCAAAAGAUGUGUUGAUCCAAUAUCGGUGUCGUGUAUCGACGACGGCAAGAAAUGUUUCUCCGACGGGGCCUGCUGUUCCAGUGACCAUACUUGCACGGUUCCAUGGAACGUGCGCACCCACAGCAAAUACUGUGUUCCGGCAGCCACUGGUUCUCUCCCAUAAACCAGCUCUUGGUCCACCUGCGAACCGAUGGAGCUUAAACAGGCUCAAUUCUAAAAGAGAGAAUGAACUGAACUUUUCAUGCUUGCUCAUCAGCAUCUUACCUGCAUUAAGUCUCUCAUUAAAUUAUUGUACUUCAGGCUGAUGCCUUGUAUUAUUUGAUGAGUAUUGUCAGUUGGGCUGGCGUGUUGAUUUUCAUGUGCCAGUGGUAAGAGCGCCAAUAUGAUAUGUGUUGAUGACUUGUAUAUUCCCCUUUGCGACUCUAAUACGCUCAGUAGUAUUGUAAAGAGACGACUGAGUCGUAUAAAGGACAUACAUGUUAAUACAUGUUAAUGUAAUCAAAAAGUCCAGGACAAGUUGAAAGGGAACCGCUUCUUUUGGACAUCAAAUGUCGGUAACUUUGAUAAAUUUUACUGCAUGCUGAGAUUGUCCCUGCAACCAAUGGGACUGGCUUGUUGUGUACUCGUUGCUAUAGCAACAAUAACAUCAAUUAUAAGUUGUUUCCAUGGUUCCCAUUGUAAUCGAUGACUAGCUGUUCUAUAUUGAGAUGCCAGGACAUUGCUCGGAUCAAUUGAUUGAAAUAAAGAGGGGAGACUUUAGAUUUUUUUCCUUCAUAUUCUCAUGUCGAAACCCAAUAGACUUGUGCAUAAAUGUAUGAAGCCUUGUUUGUAUGCUGAUGUGACAUGAAAAUAAAUACACAAAUAUAUAUAUACACGUAUGAAAAUAAAUAAAUACGCAUACACAUCGUGCAUUUACCGGUAUUCUGAAGAGAAAAUUACAUGAUGAGCCUAAAAUAAUGAGCAACACUCAUUGAUAAUUGCCCAGUGAUUGACCCUAAAUUGAAAAUUCACGACUAUUAACCCCAACCUGAUGCAUGAUGUUCAGCCACCACGUGGGGUUUUAUGAUACAGUGUUUUCGUUUUGGAUGACCUUCUCAAAAAAGUAACUUGUCCAACUUUAGGGGGUACGCCGUUCGUAUUCAAUCGUGGGUCAGGAAAAUAGAAAUGCGGUCGUACACAAUGCCGGAGCGCAGUUAUCGUGCAUGGAACUUUGCUAAAACUUGGUAUAUGUAGUAUUUGUGUAUCUUGCUACAUACAUGUAACAGCAAUGUUGAAAUCUAAAAUAUUCAGUACGUGUUUAAGGGUUUUGGAAAUUGGAAGUUGAAUCACAAAUUUAAAAUCUGUAACGAUCGGCGUAAACCUUCAAAAAAUGUCACUUUUGUGACCGACUCGAAACUGAACAACGUUGAUAAAGGUUUAUUGGAAUGACGAGAGCUAGCAGUAAAUGUAACAAAGAGCCUGGGGCAUGCCCUGCGUCUAUGACGAAUGAAACAAUGACAAAGACUCCCUGUAAGUAAUCUUGCUCCAAGUCCCGCGCGUGCGCGAUGAAUUACUCCACGUGUCAAGCUCAGCCUGAAUUGACAUCAACAGCCGCAUGGCGCCACUACUGUCUUUGUCGAAGUGUCUUCCAUUAUUGAUUUCUUUAUGGAAAAACGUUCAGUAUAUUUGUCAUAAAGCGACAGAGAAUAUAAUCAUAUCAAUACAGUCGUCUCUGCCAUGACAUACAGAAACAUAUCGGAUAUCUCGCCGGGAUCUCUGACUUCAUUCAGGAAAACAAGUUUCAACUGCGGAAGCGUUAUAUCAAAGUGCCGCAGAUUGAAAGCCAUUCUUUGAAAACGAGUUGGGAAUCCAUACUUUUAUGCAGGAGAAUCGCACCUUUGCUGUAUUCUACGAGCUGCUGAGUUUGCCGCUUGACGCUGCAAAUCUGCAUACGGCUGCGCAUAACUGUGAUACGGUUUUGUGACGAGGAUUCGUACACAGCACUCGCGAUAAAACGUUUUUUCAUCUGAUUAUGUAAUUCUUUGAAAUUUGUUUCCUGUUUUUCGGAGGAUUAUCAGAUUUCUUUUUUUUCACAAAACCUGACACUUUCAUCAUUUUUGUCUGACACAACAACAUCAAGAUGCAAAAGAAGGCAACUAGUAUAUCGGACUUGGUGGAUGAUGAAGAGCUGAAGACAAGGAUCAAGAAGCUCAACCCAAGGUUACAGGAAGCAUUCCUGCGUUCGGUGGAGAAGCUCUAUGAACGGGAAAGUCAAAUCAUGCUCAAGUUUAUCCGGGAGAGCAGGGCGGAGAUGGCCAUGACAGCAGAUGAAAUAAGUUCAGAGCAAAAUGCACUCAGAGACACAUCUGUAUCCAUGGCAAGGAACCGAGAAAGUAAAAUGAAAGGUGCAGGAAAGAAGACAUCGACGAGAAAAAUAAAUGCACAGGAUUACAUUGGUAGCUCAGAUGGUGACACAAUAUCCACUGCCUCAGAGAGUUCAGAGACAACGAUAUCAUUCGUGAAUGAAAGUCCACGGUUAGAUGCAGGUGCGCGUUCAAGAAGUCCACGGACUGUCGGUGCGCCGAGCCGACUUCCUCCUAUAAAUCAGGGCCAUAUGAGGUCACGAACAGAUCCGGGAGCGAAGCAGUUGUCACGGAUUGAUUCAGACAUAUUCAGCCUCCCUGGUCGACCAAGCAACGAAAGGAGUGACACAACACUGUCGUCUUCAGGGGUGGAAAUCUCACUAAGUUCAAGGUCAAAUACGAGGUCAUCGCUCAGUCCACCAAAUCCUAAAUCAUUUGAGGAGGAAAAAGAGGAACUGUUACGUGACCUUGCGAGUGUUGAUGUCCGGAUGGAGAGUGAGAGGCAGAGGCAGAUGACCAUGUUACUACAAAGGAAAGAACAGAAGAAGGCCAAGAAAGAGGAGAAUGAGGAGAUGGUGAAUGAAUUGUUGGAGCAGACGAUAGAGCAUCUCAGAAAAAAAGUGAUUGACAAAGAAAGACAAGAAGCUAAGAUAAAGGACAUACUAGCCAUGAAACGUAAAAAGCGAGAGAGCACUGAGAGUGAGAUAGAGCUGACGCGGAGGUCAGGGGAGGGGUUGUCCGCGGUGAUGGAAGAGCCCAGAUCAGGCCCGGGCAAGUACGCCAUUGAUGACAUCACUUCCGUUAUGAAUGAAAAAGAGAAGAGGAAGAAAAAGAAAGAAAUAGACGAUAUUGCAUUAUAGAUUUUUCAUGUUUUGAUUUGCAAGAAUUGAUAAAUAGUUCCAGCGUAAAACUACAUCGGACGCAGCAUCUUGCAAGGUUUCCUUACAUAUAACGUAUUUUCAUACACUGGUCUUCAUAUCGUAAUUAUCAUGGCUGUAAAGGGUUGACUAUAAAGAGGUUUGUAUGCGAAACGUUCCAUAAACAUUUUCACCAUUUUGAAGAAAUCGACAUUUGUUUUUGAAAGCUUCAAAUAUAAUGCAAUGGGGCCAUAUGGAUUUGCUUAAAAUACAGUGCAAAAAAAUUUAAAUAAUAUAAUCUUAGAAUAAUUAUGCUGUAUAGAAAUGAAUUAAGGGUGUGGAGCGUUUCGGUUGGAAUAGAUAUGGAUAAGGAUAAGAAUAUGGAGAAGCGUGGCAUGAGCCUUACAAGCAAUGGUACAUUUGAUAAGGUCAAUGCAAAGUAACGGAACCGAUGAUUAAAACCCGGAAUUGUACUCUGAACUCGGUGGCUCUCAGCUAAGGUCUAGCAGUAGCUAAACUCAGUCGUGCCAAAAUGGCAUCUGGAGCCUUUUGCAUCUAAGCUCUGUAUUGUGUUAUAUCUUGUAUUGGCUUUUUAGGUAAAACAUUAUUUCCACAUUAAGCGUGUCACGCAGCGUACAACGCAUAAGGCGUUUUUGUUUUAUGCCAUCUUACCAACAGCCAGACGUCGCAUGUGCGUGAUACGAAGCGUGAAUUCUUAAUGUGAAGGAAGGCUUUUAGGGUCAUGAAAAUCUUUGCUUCUAAAGACCGUAUAGACGAGGAAACCCUUUACUCUAUCUUACCAUGCGCUAUAAUAUGGUGUGUUCAGCGCGCUGGUUAAAACGAGAUACUGACCCAUGUACUCAUCGUUGUUAGUCGUUUAGUAUAUCAUUAGUCACAGAAAUACUAUUUUGUUCAUAAUAAAUAAUUGGUUCAUUUAUCAUCCAAAAACAUGUAAACACAUUGAUAAUGCCAGUGUCGACUUACAUGUACAAUCUAUACGCACAUACGCAUGUACACAUGAUUGACUUAACUCGCUGGUCAAAUCUUAGCUAUAAUCGUGUUCAUUUCUGACAUAACUUUGUACCUUUUUCCAAGAAUCUUGUAGGAGUCAUAGUUAAGAUCUUACCCAAGGAUCUUACAAGAAUCAUGCAAUAGAUUGUACAUGUACAUAAUAUUAAAGGAAUCGGAUCUUAUUCAUUUUCGAUUAUAUGUGCAAUUACAUUGUUUUACAGGAUUCUCGUGAGAGUUUUAUUUUUGUUGUUCAGAUCAAAACUGAGAAUCUUCCAAGAAUCGUACAUAAAACGUACAUGUUCAUGUAUAUUAAACAAAGACUUUAACUAAGAGAAUCUAGUGAGAAUCUCAUUGUGAUACCCCUUUUAUCGAGAGCAAUGUGUUUUUUUCUGGCCCGAGAAAAGCGGUAACAUGGCAAGGGGCAGAAAAAUUCAUAUUGUUCGCGAAAAGAAGUAUUUUUGUAAUUAUAAAUCAGCCACUGCGAAUUUCCGGCUCGCCACUACAGAUGAAACCACGAUUUGCAAAAGUUCAGUAGACCUAAUCCCUUUCAAUCCACGAGCGGUCCAAAAAAUUUAUGAUGACGUGGGGCGACGUCAUCGGGCAGCAUAAAAUUUUAUGGACCGGUCACAUGACGUUGCUUGUCCAAUGAGGUGAGGGGAUUCGCGGUGGUUUCAAGUGAUAAAACAAAUUGUAAACUGUGUUAACGUUUACGGUGAUGAUGUUAUUAUUUAUGAGUGUGAUAUUAAAGUGUCAAGUUGUUGAUUUUUGAUAACUAUCAGGACAACCAGGGCGACCAAGAUCGAAGCGCAUUGAUCUGGAAAAUGGUCACCAUAUAUGCAUCGGUCCAACAUGUAAAAAAUUUCCUAAAAUGUUUUUUUCAAAUUCGCAAAUAGUAAAAUUGCUUUCACUGUCGGAAAAUAAUGAUGUUCGAUCGCUGCUGUGCCGUGUCAAUUUAACAGGCUUUGGUUUCUAUAGUCAUAGCUGUCAAACAAAUGUAAUAAUAUCCUUGUUGACGCUUAGCUCUCGAUUCUAUAUUAUAUUUCAUCAAACGUACUGUAAAUACUAGCUUUCCUGUACAUGUGUAUCGGUAUGGGGACCGUCGGGUUACUGCGGCACUUCAAAGGCACAUUGACCCAGUAAGCAUUGACAUUUACGAAUUGGUCUGUUCAUUAGGUAUUGUGAAUUGUAGCUCGUAAAGCUUAAGAAUAUUCAAAAUGCCGCAAGUUAAAUUAUCCGGCAAACUUCAUGUUCAAAGUGUUAGAACAUGCAAACACGUGCACUUAAGCACAAAAUACAGAGUGCCUGGUUAUACUGCGCGCAUAAGUUAAUCAGUGCUGUGAGCAAUUUUACGUCUGUCAUGUCUGUUUGGAGAGUGAAUGUUGACAUCUAAGAUGUCUUUAUUACAUGAGUACUUACAACGAAAUGCGAAAAAAUGGCAGCAGGUUGCACUGACGCACUGACAGUAGUGAGCAAGCACACAGACUAGUACGUGUAAGUGUCUUCGUGAUGAUGAGAAGUCUUUUAAUCCUACAUUAGUAUAGAACAGCGAACGUUUUGUUUUGUUUGUGUCACCAGCAAUGAUCUCCCCGACAUUUACCUCUGUUCAGGAAGAACCCUACUAACCGCAGAAUCUGAUGUCCUAAAUAGGAAGCAUUGAUUUUUGCAGAAGAUUUGAGUGCACCUUCGUCAUGGUAUCCAUCUUGAAAAGAUCGGAACUUAAUUGGGUUGAGGCAGAAUUUGUAAACGAUCACCAUUCAUGUUUGUUAAUUAUCGUGCACAUAACAUUAUACCGGUACGAUUAUGCAACUGUUUUAGAUUAGAUUCUGACAAGGACCGGUAUAAUUCAAACAAUAUUUUUCGCCACUGUCAUCAUCCCGAACUUCAGCACAUGAUUCGAUUCGUACACUUCGAAACGAUUCCAGCUGUUUGCUAUUAACACGAUUUUAGUCCAAAAAAAGCUUGGAGAAAGAAUUUAUAGACGAAUCUUCCAAAGAUGACAGCCUUUGUCAAUGUUUAGCUUGGGGCAUUUAUCGGGGUUUGAGUCACAGACAUGCAAUUAGUUGAGCAUGUGCAUAUUAUGUAUCCAGAAUAAAAAUACAUCUGAAAAUUUCAGAAAACUCUGAAAUUCAUCUGACCCCUCCCCAAACUUGAAUGUCAAAUCUUGCAAUCGCAGCUUUUCAAAGGAUAUGGGAUCGGUCGUAAUUUGUUGUCAUAAAACCACAAGGAGAGACACAUUGAGGAAUCUGUAUAGCUCUUCUAAAUGGCGCUUAAAGUAAUCUACAUGUAUAAAAUCCCGAUUUAUUCGUCUAUCACAGAUGGUAUCUUGAAAAGUUUACCACUUUUGCUAAAGGUUUCAAAAUUUGCAAAUGACUUUGAUCAGUGCAAGUAAACUUUAGCACUGAAAGCAUGUUUGCAAGUUAUGACAGUACUGACAGCUGUCAAGUGGGCUAAGUAGAAUCUAAAUAAAAUAUUCAUGCAGACCAAACAACACUUUAAAAACCGCUGGUCAAUAUGUCAGUUUUAAUGAGCUCAGAGAGAAACGUAUAAAUGCGUCGCGCAGUACAUGUAACUGCGAUUAUAACCGCGGCAUGUUCUGUGCGCCAAAAUAUCUCUCCUCUGCUGGUAAACCCGGAAAUCGCUUGGUUAGAUAUUGACCGCAGUUAGCUUUGCAGAAGCAGGUCGGCAGUAAAAAACUCUACUUUGAGAAGCUGACCUCUUCUGCUCUAUUUCUGGUCAUCCGUGUGGUUAUUUAUCCGCACUUCGCUAACGGGUACAACGUAUCUGAAUCUAUGAAUAGUGGUACAUGGUUAAUGAAACGGUAUGUAUUGUCUACUUAUAACCGUGCGUAAAAUUGGUUUCAUAAAUAACCGAAAAGCAAGAAAUAUAGUAUAUAGUAUUAAACACGUAACUGCAACCCGUGGCCGUUGAUGUAGAGGCGGUGCCGUGUAGGCCUAACGCAGCGAGGUUCGUGUCAACGUCAAUACGGUUUACGUGUAAAGUAGAGAGUAUAUUUUCGUAAGUUGCCUUUUUUUGCAAAGUUAGUGCCUAUCACAGAUGUCUAUAUAAAAUACGGUGGAUGCUUGUUUCAUUAUAAUGCACAGUUUUCACACACCUGUUACCGACGUUUGAGUUUUUGAAACGCGUAUCACCAAUCGAAUUCCGGCCUGAACUGAAUAAAAAUUGAAUUCCGCCCUGAACUGAAUAGAAACACUUGUGAUGAAUCCUGUUGACGCAAUACAAGUGUCACCUUUAUUACACCUGUACAUUUCCGUCCAUCGUGUUUAUUUUGAUUGAUUGUCGUUAACUUAUAAUAUAUAUUUACUGCUGAAAACAGCUAUUACUAUCGGUAGACUUGUAGUCUGAAACCGUAUUCGAUGGGUGUGAGGUCUCCGGCCACUUUGUUUAUCAGAGAGAAAAUACAACAUGUGAUUACCCAUUGAUUUCCCACCAAAUGCACAGAUUACUUUGACAAAAUAUAUAACCGAUAGAGACAAGACUGCUGAUGAUCUAUGUAAAAAAAUACAACAAAUAUACCUGAAUGUCACUUGAA